AUGCUUAUAGUUCUUUAGUACUUGAUUUUGAUCAAUAAAAUAACGACAUCAAAGUUUAAUUAUAUAAAAAUCCUGGUUAAUGAUCAAUUUGAAGAAAAUAUUACUGAUUAUGUGAUCACUCGAUAGUAUAGUCCUAAAACACUUUUGAAUGUUCUCAAUUAUAUUUAAAUGAUCAAACUAUUGUUUAAUAUCAUUGAUAAACCAUCUGAUUCAAAAAUAAAUUAAUUUGUUAUCAAUGAAAUGCAUAUUCUUCUACAAAUUUUAUCAUUUAAAUCUUAAUAAUCUGCUUCUAAUAGUGUUUAUUAUCCAGAUCCAUAAUGCACAAGAUUUACUUGA